UCAUUGGCUAAACUAUGCUGUCAAUCACCUUUGUCCCCACCUUCUCAUAAUGCAGCAUGGAGGAAAGAAUGUAACAAAAUGACGGUGUUCUAGCGACGCACCCUGUGUCUAACACAAAAUAGACGUAGCAAACAAAGUCGAUGGUACAUUAAAAAGUGAUGCACCAUGCCCAUAGUGGAUAAACUCAAAGAGGCCCUGAAGCCGGGCCGCAAGGACUCUGCGGACGAGGGCGACCUCAACAAGCUGCUGGCCUCCUCCGCCAAGAAGGUCCUCCUGCAGAAGAUCGAGUUUGAGCCCGCCAGCAAGGGUUUCAGCUACCAACUCGAGGCCCUCAAGAGCAAAUACGUCAUCCUGAACCCACGCAGUGACACUGCCACGCCACAGAGGGCGUCAGAGAGCGGCCAGAUCAAGCGGCAGGGUGGUGAUAUUGGCGUGGGUGGACAAGGCGAUGGCAUUCCGGCCCCCCAGAAACAUCUGUUCCCAGGGAACCGUCUCUCUCUGCGCUGGGAGCGGGUGUAUCGUGUAGGGGCAGGGCUUCAUAACCUAGGCAACACAUGCUUCCUGAACUCCACGGUGCAGUGUCUGACGUACACGCCUCCACUCGCCAACUACCUACUCUCCAAGGAGCACAGCCGAUCAUGUCACCAGUCAGGCUUCUGUAUGAUCUGUAUCAUGCAGAAUCAUCUCAUCCAGGCCUUUGCUAACACGGGCAAUGCCAUUAAACCCGUCUCCUUCAUCAGGGACCUCAAGAAGAUCGCCCGUCAUUUUCGCUUUGGGAGUCAGGAAGAUGCCCAUGAAUUCCUGCGCUACACAAUUGACGCCAUGCAGAAGGCGUGCCUCAACGGCUACCCAAAGUUGGAUAGGCAGACGCAAGCCACCACACUCGUCCAUCAGAUCUUUGGAGGUUACCUCAGGUCGCGAGUGAAAUGUUCGAUUUGCAAAAGUGUGUCGGACACUUACGACCCAUACCUUGAUAUCGCCGUGGAGAUCCGACAAGCAGCGAACAUUGUGCGAGCUCUGGAGCUAUUUGUGAAGCCAGAUGUUUUAAGCGGGGAGAACGCCUACAUGUGUGCCAAGUGUAAGAAGAAGGUUCCAGCAACAAAGCGCUUCACUAUCCACCGGACAUCCAAUGUCCUGACGCUGUCACUCAAGAGGUUUGCCAACUUCAGCGGAGGGAAAAUCACCAAGGAUGUUGGUUACCCAGAGUUCCUGAACAUCCGGCCGUAUAUGUCCCAAAGCACAGGGGACCCAGUAAUGUAUGGCCUCUAUGCUGUCCUAGUGCAUUCUGGGUACAGCUGCCAUGCUGGCCAUUAUUACUGCUAUGUGAAGGCAAGUAAUGGGCAGUGGUAUCAGAUGAACGACUCAAUGGUUCAUUCCAGCAACAUCAAGGUGGUCCUGAACCAGCAAGCCUAUGUGCUCUUCUAUCUGAGGAUUCCAGAGAGCAAGAAGAAUGCUGAUGGCCCCAAGCAAAGCAUAGGGCAGUCUGGGAAGAGCGGCAUCACUUCAGAUCUGAAAAAGAAUCUUAACGGCCCACUCUCUUCACCGCAGAUCUCCAAGAAGCUGGAUGCUGCUCAGCUGAGGAAGAUCCAGUCUGUGGAUAGCGGCCUUGGUGUGAGCGUGGCCAGGAGCACCUGCAACCUCCAUUCGCCUAAACUGACCAACGGCUCGUCCUCCAACAACACCUCUGCGUCGCAAGCCCCGGCCAGGGGACCCACCGUCAUCGAGGAGCCCUUCAAGAAGCUGAAGAAGCCACUCCCUCAGCCACGGCCUGCUGGUCAGACCACCAACGGCGUGUCCAAAGGCGAGAGCGAGAGGCGGGCCGACCGAAGCCUGGCCCAGUCUACCUCACUCAAGUCCCUCUCUGACUCAGACACCUCUGAAUCUAAGGACUCAGUUGGCACGCGCAGCGCCCCUCUUGGGGGAGUGGCGGCUCAGAACGGCACGGCGUCUCCGUCCCCCUCCAAGAGCGCUGACCGUCUGAAGCCCCCUGCCCUCAGCAGUCUGGCCUCACUUCACAACACCAUGAGUCCGCCGCCCGCCAAGCGCCUCGCCCUCUCCGCCAAGAAGGAAACCAAUCACAGCCGGAGUCUGAGCACUGAGUCCCUGCCCUCGCCAUCAUCUCAUCUCUCCUUUGACUCCGCCCAUCCCGCUAAGUUCACUCAACUUCAUGCACACACGUCUGGCCACAGCAACCAACAGCACAGAUUUUCUCCCUCGUACUCACCUCUGAAGUCCUCACCGUUCUCCCCAAAGACCCCCACACACAGCCCAUCUCCGAAACCCUCUCAGUCUGCUGCACACGCUCAGAGCCCCGCCAAGCUGCUGUCGCCGUCGCCGCCGCCGUCGCCGCCGCCGUCGCCGUCAUCUGCCCCGCCCACCAGCCCGCUCCUCAAGAAGAAAAAGAAGAAAAAGCUCAAGCGCCGCCACUCGGAGACGAGCGAGCCAAUCACGGAGCCGGCCCAAACGCCCGAACCAAUCGACGCGCGGGCCCCGGAGACGCAGGAGAGCCCAUUGGUCGAGAAGAAGCGCAAGAAGAAGAAGGCCAAGAGGAAGAGGCUGGAGGAGCAAAAUGGAGAGGCGCAGCAGCGAGGGCCGAAUUCAGAGCCCCGUCCUCAGCUAGCUCAGGAGGAGGACUGGAGGCUGGGAGACAGCUGGAGCCUCUCGCCAGCGACUCACCCACACCCACACACACCCCCAGCCCACACGCCACAGUCACACGCCGCACAGGCUCAGCACACACACACACACACACACACACCUGACACACACGCACACACUUCAGAGCAGUCGGAGAAGCAGAGGAAGAAAAAAAAGAAGAAGAAGAAGAAAUUGCUGGAUGGAACACAGGAGGAGGCAAACUGCCACACGCCAUCCACCUUGGCCUCUGACCCCCAAAGUGUCCAGACGAAUGCUGUUGGUGUGGAAUCAGAAACUGUAGACUUCGCUGAGUUGAAGAAAAAACGCAAGAAGAGGAAACGAAAGCUUGAGGAGGAUAACCAAAGGGAGGAAAGGAGUUCGCCAAAGGAGGUGGGGAGAGCCCUGGACUCGGGUGACAGCGUUCUCCCCAGACAAGCCGAGAAGACGACCAACCCUCCUGCCGCAGCUGCUCCUGUGGUGGUGUGGGACAGUAAGGUCCAGGACGGCUACAAGCGCAAGCAGGCGCCCGCCGUGACUGAAGAGGAGUCUGCCGCUGGCCCCAAAGGCAGCUGGGACGGCCAACGGACUGGAGGGGUGGUGGAGGAGCUCCUGAAGAACUCCAGUGACACGGCCUACGGAGCACCAGUCCUUAGUUGGGGUGGAGAAGUCUCUGCAAUCAGUAAAGAUGCCAUUGAAGAUGCCCAGUUUGCCAAGAAUUCCACAGUGAUCGAUGAGUGGGAUGAGGAGUUUGACAGUGGGAAGGUGAAGAAAAUCAAAAAGUACAAAAAGGAGAAGAGGAAACACGGGAACGUGUUCCAGAAAAUCCAGGACCAUCGGAGCAUGUGGUCAGUCACGCCCGGAGGGAAAAGGAGCAGACUGGGGUUCCGCCACUGAAGAGAGAAGCUUAGCCCAGAGGAAUCUGUCUCUGUAUCUGCCGUGAUGUCAGCCCUGUGGAAGGGAGCGUACGGAGAAAUCUGGAUUGGACUCCCCAAGACCUUCAUGGUACUGACCGCUGCAGGAGUGACCACUGAGAUGGGACGUGUUCUCUCUUCUCCCUAUUUAACUUUAAAAAGUGACCAUACCAAAUCUGGCUGAACGAUUUUAAAAGACAAGAGUUUGUUUGAGGUGGAGUGUAUGGCUCUGUAUGUAAUGGUGUGUUUGUUGAGUGCUCAAGAAGCUUUGAAUAGAGAGUUUUCCUGUUGCUCUUGAGUCUAACUAACACACACGCACACACGCACACACACACACACACACACACACUUGUGAGAUGCCUCCAACAAAUGAAUUUCAUAAUUUCAGAUUAUGUUUUGGUAACAUUGGCACUGCAUCUGUUUGUGUUGGUCAGUGUCCAUACUUAAUCCUGUAGGCUUGCAGUGGAUGAACCCCUUCAUCCACAGCUGUCUGAAAGCAUGUCUUAUAUGAGUUUCCCCUCUCUGAUUGCCUAUCCACCUACUCAUAGUGACCCCAUCCAUAGCGAUCUGUUCCCACAGCUCAACUGGUGCCUGCAGCCUACAGACGACUUUUAAUUAUUUUUGUUUUAUUAUUUUUUAUGUAUCGUUUGUCAUGUCCAAGCUGCUUGGUUGUGAUCUGAAUGAAAUCAUUCAUGCCUUAGUCAAGAAUGUCAAUAACAGUUAAUGUGACAUAACGGAACUGAACGAAAGUCAGACGACAAUAGAACACUUUUGCCUGUCAUUUUUUGUCACCUAUCACAUUUGGUCUCUUGAGUACCCUGAAUGGCAACUUGUCUUGGCGUCAACGAGUAUAUUAGCUCAGAUUAGCUCAAUUAUGCCAGGGUGCAGUUUAUGCAUUUUGCGAUGCCACAAAUGUUUAGAUUCAGACUCAUUCAUGACGUUAACAUUGUAACGCCGUCUGUUUUGGGUGCGUGGGUGUGUGUCAAGGGAAACACUCCUAGCCAUGGAGUGAGUAGUACAAAGACCGUGUUGUGUGUAAGGGAUCACUUUGGCAUCUGCCUCAUAUUUUGACUCUAUGCAAUUGUGCCAACAGUCCAACAGAUCACCUUCCAGCGCCAUCUGACCAGCCGUGUUCCCAUCCACACAACAGAGCUUACCGUCGUUCUCUCCCACACAGUCAUGCACACGCAUACCUCUCAGUCCCAUGUAAUUCACACGUGUUCUCAUCAGAUGUUUAAUAGUAGUAUAUUUGGAGAA